CCUGCGGGGUGCUGCCUGAAACGCUGGGGGAGAAUGGAGAUGCCAUAUUCGUCGGCGCGAGCAUCCCCAAGAUCUCAUCGUUUCAUUCGGCAUUUCUUCCUUCUGCUGUCAGCAUCUUGGUCGCUGUUGCCAUCUGCAGCCUUCACACAUUCAGGUGGCGUUCUACGCGACAGGAGUUCGCUCUCCAUCUCCCGCCGGUGUGAUUAUUCACGAUGCGAUGAGUCAAGGCGGCUCCUCCUGAGGCGGCAGAUAUCACGACGAGCUGCCCAGGCGGCUCUGUCUGAUGAUGCAGUUGCAGUGUCGGACACACACCCCCCAGCCAAGAGGGCCCUGACCGAUGUUGAUGAUCACACGUUCUCGUCUGCAGUUCUGAGCGGCAGCAAGACCGUGGUAAGCUCACGCAUAAGAGCCUCCCGUAACCAACACACCUCAGUGAUUACUGAAUGCUGUCACUCAGCUGGUGUUCUUCAGCGCUUCGUGGUUCGAACGAGAUGGAAAAAUGGACACAGGUUGUGACUGUGUUGUGUCAUCAGGUGCGGGCCGUGUAAGCUUGCCGAGAGUGUGCUGGAAGACCUCAGCGACGAGCUGGCGGGGCAAGUCGAUGUGUAUCGUGUGUGCAUAGACAGCAGUCCUGGUGUAGCGAUAGAGUACAGGAUUAGGAGCAUACCCACCUGUGUGCUGUUUCGUGACGGCAAGGCAGUUGACAGGGUGGUCGGCGCUGUGCCGCGGGCCACCAUCAUGAAGACUUUGAACGCUUACGUGAAUUGAUGUCGAUCGAGUGUAUCAGAGCCAUGAUACUAAGUGAACAAGUGC